AACUGCCUGCCUCACUGCCCUGCAACACCACCAGCUGCCGUAGAACUGCCUGCCUCACUGCCCUGCAACACCACCAGAGCUUUUGGAAAUUCGGCUCCUCUAUCUAGUCGGCACCUCCCGCUCCCUCCAGAUUCUUCAAGUAAGUUAUGAAUAAAGGGAUAUUCCUUGCUUUUCAUUGGCGGCAGGGGACUGAAAGGGAAUGGCUGUCUCCAUUUGAACAUCUGCUGCCCUGAUGGAGGGGAGAGUGGAGCUGAAGGAGUGAGUAGAAGAGCUUGAGCACAAGUGCAUCCAAGGGGAGACAGGCCGUGCUGGUGGAAGAUGGGACACAUGAAGGUGCCACGUUCUUUGCCUUAGCGAGACCAAAAGGAUAACACUACUGCUACUGCUCUGAAAUAAAAAGAAAAAAAAUCUUGUUUAAGUUAGCUUCCUUGGCGUUUCAGAGAGCAGAGGGGAUGUCCAUCAUUCAGGCCCUUGCCAUGACGGUAGCAGAGAUACCAUUGUUUUUGGACACAACCUUUGGACAGUCCACAUUCUUGCAACUCAGGCUGUCUCCUGGUCUUCGAAAGGUCCUUUUUGCCUCAGCUCUUGGUACGGUCGCCCUAGCCCUGGCUGCACACCAGCUAAAACGGCACAAGCACAAGAAGAAGCAGAUUACAGCAGGCAAUGGAGGCCUAAAGCUCGGCGGGGUGCCUGGCUCUGUUUUGCCCGUUAGGCGUUCUUCCUCAGCUAAAAAAGCUGUCCCUUUUCUUUACAGAGAUGGACUUGGAGUACUCCUGAGCGAGACGCCUGCUGCCCAUUUGGAGGCUGCAAAUCUCUGCCUGACUCUGCUCCCUACAGUGUGGAUGGUGAGUCGCGGUAUCCGGCAGGAGGGCUGGUGUGACGUACUUAAGGCUUUUCAGCUCACAGGGAAAUUCAGUGAGACUUCCGGAAGCUUUCUCUGUUGGUUCCAAGUUCCGGCCUCUGCCUUGUAUUGUGAAAAAGAAGAAAGAGGGUCAGAUUGGAGGGGGUUCUCUGGCCUCUGCUUUAGCCACCGCCCCACAUUCAUCCUAACAACCUUGGGCAGAAAACCAGAAAAAUACAGUUACCAGAAAAGGUAAAAAGCAACUCAGACACAGGGGGAAGAUAGAAUCUCCUAGAGCUCCAUGAGGCGUGAGAACCUUGCUUCUGGGGCAGCAUUGCUGAGGCGGGGCAAUGACCAGACGUUGGACCUUCAUGGAGCGACUCGGUCAAAGGUUGAACCUUUUGAGAGGAGCUUGAACUGAUAAUUCUGACUGGCUGAAAAGCACUGCCCUAAGGUCGGGCCAAUGUGAAGAACUUGACCUGCCAGCAACUGAGACCUGGAUUUUUGGCAAUGCCGUCUCCAGAGUGGCACAUGUUUUGAGGCAGAAGGCAGUUAGAAUUGAAAAUAUUGCUAAAUACAAAUAUAGACUCCCUCACCCUUUCCCACCCCCACCCAUACCCAUUCAUGUCCUCACUUAAUAAUAAUUAUUAACGUAAAAAUGUUCAGAAAUGUCCAGAAACGGCACCCGAGUCCUUGGUUUGUGGCAGUGCUGCUUGAAGAGUGGGAGAUCUAUUAAAUCAGUAGUUAAACAAAAUAGUUAAUAUAACCCUCACCCUUUCCCACCCGUUCCCAUUCCCCUUAACCUACACCAAAUGUAGUUGUGUUAAAAAGUGUUCAAAUAAAUCUUAAAAUGCAA